CUGUAUGCAGUGAGUCAGAGGGGUGUUGCCCGAGCCUCAAAUACGCAGACGCCCAGCCCCAUCGACACUGUUUCUUUCUGCAGCUAAAUAUCUUCCAUUCCCCCGAAGUUUUUUAGUUUUGUUGCGGCUCCUGCUCUCACACACCCGAAACAGCAAACGCGAGGAAGGAUGGUGCACCACCCCGAGUUUGAAGGAGCUGGACAGCAGCCGGGUCUGCAGGUGUGGCGGGUGGAGAACUUCAAACUGGUGCCCGUUCCCGAGAACCUCUAUGGAGGGUUCUACACCGGCGACGCCUACGUCAUCCUCAACACCAUCAAGCAGCGCUCUGGGCAACUGCAAUAUGACCUGCACUUCUGGCUGGGUGACCACUGCACGCAGGAUGAGAGCGGCUCAGCGGCCAUCUUUACCGUGCAGAUGGAUGACCAUCUCGGAGGGAAGCCCAUCCAGUACCGCGAGGUGCAGGGCCACGAGUCCAAGACCUUCCUGGGCUACUUCAAGAAGGGACUCACCUACAUGAAAGGAGGAGUGGCAUCUGGAUUCAAACACGUGGUCACCAACGAGGUUGUCAUGCAGCGCGUGCUCCAGGUCAAAGGUCGCCGUGUUGUCAGGGCCACAGAGGUGGCGGUCAGCUGGGACAGCUUCAACACCGGAGACUGCUUCAUCCUGGACCUGGGCAGUGAGAUCUACCAGUGGUGCGGCUCCAAGAGCAACCGCUUUGAGAAGCUGAAGGCCACUACGGUCGCCAAGGGCAUCCGAGACAACGAGCGCAGCGGCCGAGCACGAGUGUAUGUGUGUGAUGAGGGGAGUGAAAGGGAGAAGAUGAUUGAGGUUUUGGGGCCUAAGCCAGACUUGCCUGAGGGAGCCUCCGAUGACAUCAAAGCAGACGCGUCCAACAGGAAGCGGGCCAAGCUUUACAAGGUGUCCGAUUCCACCGGGGACAUGGCCAUCGCGCUGGUGGCGGCCGAGAACCCCUUCUCCCAGAGCGCUCUGGAGUCCAGCGACUGCUUCAUCCUGGACCACGGCGGCGACGGCAAGAUCUUUGUCUGGAAAGGAAAGGACGCCAACAUGGACGAGCGCAAGGCGGCCAUGAAGGCGGCGGACGAGUUCAUCAAGAAGAUGGGCUACCCCAAGCACACGCAGGUGCAGAUCCUGCCCGAGCACGGCGAGACGCCGCUCUUCAAGCAGUUCUUCAAGAACUGGCGCGACCUGGACCAGACCGAGGGCCUGGGCGUGGCCUACAUCUCCAACUCCAUCGCCAAGAUCGAGAAGGUGGCCUUCGACGCCGCCACGCUCCACGAGUCGCCCGCCAUGGCCGCGCAGCACGGCAUGGUCGACGACGGCAACGGCGAGAAGCAGAUCUGGCGUAUUGAGGGCUCCGACAAGGCUCCAGUUGACCCAUCUACCUAUGGGCAGUUCUAUGGAGGAGACAGCUACAUCAUCCUCUACAACUAUAGUCAUGGAGGACGUCAAGGACACAUCAUCUACAUAUGGCAGGGAAUGGACUCCUCCCAAGAUGAGAUUGGUGCAUCAGCGAUCCUGGGUGCCCAGCUUGAUGAUGAACUUGGAGGAGGUCCUGUCCAGGUGCGUGUGGUCCAGGGCAAAGAGCCUGCCCACAUGAUGAGUCUGUUCGGGGGGCUGCCCAUGGUGGUGCACAAGGGGGGCACGUCCAGAGACGGAGGGCAGUCGGCCCCCGCGGACACGCGCCUCUUCCAGGUGCGCUCCAACUCCACUGGACACACGCGCGCCGUGGAGGUUGAUGCUACGUCCUCCAACCUGAACUCGAACGACGCGUUCGUCCUGGCGACCCCGGGGGGAGCGUUCGUGUGGGUGGGCCAGGGUGCCAGCGACCCCGAGAAGCAGGGCGCCCAGCAGCUGUGUGGCAUCCUGGGGGUGUCUGCCUCUGAGCUGCCUGAGGGAGGAGAGAGCGAUGACUUCUGGGAGGCACUGGGAGGCAAGGCAGCAUAUCGCACCUCCAGCCGUCUGAAGGACAAGAUGGACACCCACCCGCCCAGACUCUUCGCCUGCUCCAACAAGACAGGCAACUUCAUCAUUGAGGAGGUACCUGGCGAAUUGACACAGGACGACCUGGCCACAGACGACGUCAUGAUCCUGGACACCUGGGAACAGGUGUUUGUAUGGAUCGGCAACGAGGCCCAGGAAGAGGAGAAGACUGAGGCCAUGGCUUCCGCUUCUCGCUACAUCGAGACGGACCCUGCCAACCGCGACCGCAGGACGCCCAUCGUGAAGCUCAAGCAGGGCUUCGAGCCGCCCACGUUCACCGGCUGGUUCCUGGGCUGGGACCACGACUACUGGACCAGCGACCCCCUGGAGCGCGCCAUGGCUGAACUUGAACUGUGAACUGUGACCUCUUUACCUUUAACCUUAUUUCGCUCCACUGCCUUACCGCCCUGAGCUGAAACCCCAGGCACUCCUGAAGGAAAACAAUAAUUAGCUACUCUGUCUGCAUGUAGCAGUUCCACGUGUAUGGUGGACAAUAGCCAUUUUUCUGCAUCUUUUAUUUAUGCUAGUUUGAGGCAUACGCACUAGGUACAUAGAGAAGACCUGUUCUUACCUGGUUUUUACACACACACACACACACACACACACACACACCACAUACCUAACUGUUUUACAAUUAUUAGGAACACCUGACUCGUUUUGACAUCUCCUGCAUGUUGUUUUUCUAUAGAAGUACACAAAGUGUGGUUUUUAUAUGUCAGCAUUAGUGUUGUCCAACAGUAAGGACUUUUACUUAGACAUACCCCUUCAGGGUGACUGUUAUAGAUGCUGCUGCAUACUGUAUGCAUACUGCCACAAGUAGGAUUAUAUUCAACAUGAAGGACCCUGUCAAGAUGCUUUAACAAAAGAAUGAACCUCAAACAUUUAUGCUGUCUUUUUGGCCAUCAUAUGAACUAUUUGUUGUCCGCAACUAUGGAUAGGCUGGGUAAUGAAAUCUCUACCCAUUUUUGAUCUGUGAAGCCUCUUCUGAAAGAGUAGAUGAAAGUGCAAUACUGCCAAAAACAAACCAUGUUCAGGCCUAAUAGUUCUCUACUGCAAAGUAUUUGAAUCCAUUCCACAUUCUAACUGGUACAGUGAGAUGAUGACUAAAUGAGAGUGUGGUAGGGAACUGAUAUUCAAGCAAUAACUACAAAUGGCCACUAGAGGUCUCAGGUUCUCCAUUUCCAACGAAACAGCCAUUCAGUUCAUGUUGGCGCCCUGAUGGCUACGCUCCACCAGUCUCCUAUCUACUCCUUGACAUCCACCAGUCAUUUAUCUAAUGAGGACGCUUCUUUCCACUCUAAUGAGACUUAAACAUACAAAUAUGGAGAUUCCCUGUCAGAACAAACAAAUGGGAGUGCUCUUGGACAAUGGUAGUGCAAUUGAAUGACGAAACCCUAUAGCCUUAAUCACAUUAGUCAUGCACUUCAUGUGCCAGGGCUGAUGAAUGGGGCCUUGGAGGGGGGAAGGCGCUGGUAUCUUGGGCUGGAAUGCUGGAGCGCGACUGAGAAUAGGUGAUGUGUCAGUGGCACUUUCAAUUUGUGUUGCUAUUCUGGGAUGUGAUUAAAUGGGAGGACCGGGGAGGGAAGUAGGUGGGGGAGGCAUGCUCCAUCUGAGACCUUCAGAGGAGGAGGCCCGUUUCAUUUGAGAUUUGCUAAGGUGUUAUCUCUAGAUUCACCACUGUAUGGUCGCAUUACAAGAGCUUGUCACGUUCAGCUUUGUUUAAAUGUGCUGAACUGUGUGUAGAGCCAGAGUUCCUUCGCAGGUAAUUCAGUGGAUGGAGAAAGAUCUAGGCGCAGUAGCAUCACAGGGCAGACGCCAUCUUGAACACAUCCAUCGACGCAGGCUCGGUCUCCUCCAGUUGGCUUUUCCCCAGCCCUGCUUGUCUGUAGCUAAAGCUUCAGCCAGACCUCAAGAGGGUUUCCCCUGCUUUGCUGCUUCAAGUUUACAACCUCAAUGUUGCUCCCUCAACUGCAGCAUUCAUUCAUUCCCUUGCCUUACUUUUUUGUUACGAUAAAUACAACCAUGACAAUUGAUGAAAAUAAAGAAAAUAAACACA